AGGAUGACGAGUCGAUCAUCACUUUCGCAAGGGACACUGGCUGUUGAGACAUUCAGACUUUGUUCCACCUCGACCAUCCCUACAGAUAUAGAGCUCUCAACGAAUCAAUCUAUACCCUCUCUCCGUCCGUCAUCGAAGCCGAUACUCGCUGAAACGAUUCCACAAUGAGCUCUAUCGGAACCGGUUACGAUCUUUCCGUCUCAACAUACAGUCCUGAUGGCAGGAUCUUCCAGGUCGAAUACGCUUCCAAGGCGGCCGAAGCGUCUGGCGUGGCCAUCGGUCUCCGGUGCAAAGACGGCGUCGUCCUCGCCGUAGAAAAGGUGCAGACCUCGAAAUUGCUCGUCAAGGGAGCCAACAAGCGGAUCGUCAGCGUGGACAACCAUGUCGGUUUGGCCGCAUCUGGUCUCGUAGCCGACACACGUCAUCUGGGGAAACGAGCGGCCGAGGAGGCUCAGAACUUCAAGGAGACGUAUGGUAGCCCAGUCGGCCUCAAGGCACUGAUGGAACGUAUCGGCGCCUACGUCCAUGCUUACACGUCUUAUGGUUCCGUUCGACCCUUUGGGAUCAGUACCAUUGUCGGUGCGAUCGACAAGACGGGACCUCAGCUCUACGUCGUCGAGCCUAGCGGCGCUUACUAUGGGUACCGAGCAUGUGCGGUGGGCAAGGGAAGACAGGUGGCUAAGACCGAGUUGGAAAAGCUCGACGGGUCGACGAUGACCGUCCGGGAGGGUGUCAAGGAGGUUGCCAGGAUCGUCCACCUCGUUCAUGACGAUAACAAGGACGGCAACUUUGAGCUCGAGAUGACUUGGAUCGGACCCGAGACGAACGGGUUCCACGUACACGUUCCGGAAGACUUGUUGGUCGAGGCCGAGGCCGCGGCGAGGCGGGCUUUGGAAGAGGACAUGGACGAGGACUAGUCGAAGGAGCGAAUCCCGUCCUUGGGGUGUGAUGAUGAUCUUCUGUUUGUGUACAUGUGCUAUGAAUGUCAUGACGAUCUGAUGAUGACCCUCCA